AUGGGGAUGACCUAUAACCAUCUCCUUAAGAAGGACAUUGUAGAACUGUGCAGAGAGAGACGGCUGCUCAUUGAAAGAUUUACCAAGGCACAGCUGAUUGCUCGGUUGGAAGAGAAUGAUUGCUUUAAGGAGCCAAUUCCUGACCAAGCUGGGGCUGCGAAAGAGGCUGAGAACAGCCAGGCAGCCCCAGGGAUCAUCCCAGCCACCCACCCAACCAGGAAUGCAGGAGGGGCUGAAAAAAGCCAAGCAGCCCCAGGAUCCACCUACCCGACCAGCAGGGGAUCUUCCUGACCGAGUUCCCCAUUGGUGAAGCUGUGAUGGUUGGAGUUGGAAAUGGAAUUGAAACUAAAAGAGCUGGAGGACCAUGAGAAGGAACAGGAGGACUGUGAGAGACAGAGGCAGCAUGAACUGGCGAUGGCGGAGCUGAGAAGCAGAGAGACCCCCACCAUGUUGAGUGGGGCCAUAGAGAUGUUCAGGCAGAUGGAUGAGGUGGAAGCAGGGGACUAUGAACUGUUCAAACAAGCCCUGCUGCACAAGUUUGAGCAGACCUCUGAGGCAUACAGGAAAAGGUUCAGGAGUGUGCAGAAGACCCAGGGGAUGACCUAUCUGGAACUGGUCACGCUGAUGGCAGAAUACACCCUCAAAGAAUCCGUCUGCACUAAUUACCACACCACUGUUCCAAUGGAAGACACCGAAGCCAAACUUUGCAGUAAUGACAAAGAAGAAGCACUCAGAAGGGAAUUGCCAUACUGUACAGGAGAAAUUGACUUCAUGGCUUCCGGAAAAAAACGUGGGAAGUUUGUUAAAGUUCCAUGUGCCAUCCAUCCUGGAGUUAUAUUUGAUAUUAUGAUCAACAAAUGGAACCUACCUGCUCCCAACUUGGUUGUCUCUUUAGUUGGAGAAGAAGAAAACUUCCAAAUGAAAUCUUGGUUACGGGACACCUUAAGAAAAGGACUUGUAAAGGCCACAGAAAGCACUGGUGCCUGGAUCUUUACUAGUGCUCUACGUGUUGGAAUAACGAGGCAUAUAGGGCAAGCAGUCCAAGAUCAUACACUGGCUAGUACUUCAGCCAGAGUAAGAGUGAUUGCAAUAGGAAUAACUUCACUGGGAAAAAUUCAGCAUGGAGAGAUUCUGGACAAAGUGAAGAACGAAAACCUUGUAUGCUACAAGUCAGAUGAUAAUGGCCAAGGGCCACUGUACUCCCUUGACAACAAUCACUCCCAUUUUAUUUUGGUGGAUCAGAUAAAUCCAGAUGGGACUACUAAACUACGGCUCACCUUGGAGAAACACAUUUCAGAACAGCGCACUGGUUAUGGAGGAACAGGCAGCAUUGAAAUCCCUGUGCUUUGUUUACUGGUAAAUGGAGGACCAAAAACACUUGAGAGAAUUUGCAGGGGCUUGGAAAACUCUGCUCCCUGGCUAAUCUUAGCAGGAUCUGGGGGUGCAGCUGACAUCUUAGCUGCAGUAGUGAAUGAGCCACAGCUUAUUGUGCCACAAGUUGUUGAAAAGCAACUUAGAGAGAAAUUUCCUACAGAAAACUUUUUAUGGAAGGACAUUCUCCAUUGGACAGCAACAAUUCAGAACAUUGUUUCCCAGCAGCAUCUUUUAACAGUGCACAGUUUUGAGCAAGAAGGUUCAGAUGAAUUAGACACAGUUAUUUUGAAAGCUUUGGUCAAAGCCUGUAAAAGUCAUAGUCAGGAAGCCCAGGAAUACCUGGAUGAACUGAAGCUGGCAGUGGCCUGGAAUAGAGUGGACAUAGCUAAAAGUGAAAUAUUCAAUGGCGAUGUGGAAUGGAAGUCCUGUGACCUAGAGGAAGUGAUGAUGGAUGCUCUGGUGAAUGAUAAGCCAGAAUUUGUAAAGUUAUUUAUAGACAAUGGGGCCAACAUGUAUGACUUCCUGACGUACAGCCGGCUUCAGAGGCUCUACUGCUCCAUCUCUCGGAAAUGCCUCCUCUAUGCACUCCUCCUGAAGAAACAUGAGGAAAGCAAGCUGACUCUAGCAGGGAUCACUGGUCAACAACAUAAGGAAAUGAUGGACGUCUGCCCGCUCUUUACCCUCCAUGAAGUUUCUAGAGUGCUCAAGGAUUUUCUUCAUGAUGCAUGUAAAGGUUUCUAUCAAGAAGCCAAGCAAGGAAGCAAGAGGAAAGCUGAUAAAACAAAUGCAAAACGAUUACCUGGGCUCCUGGAUAUGAACCAGAAGAGUGAGAAUCCCUGGAGGGAUUUAUUUUUAUGGGCAGUACUUCAAAACCGGCACAAGAUGGCAAACUAUUUCUGGGCUAUGGGACAAGAAGGUGUAGCUGCAGCUCUGGCAGCUUGCAAGAUUCUCAAGGACAUGUCCCGACUGGAGACAGAGGCUGAAGUAGCCCGUAGGAUGAAAGAAGCCAAGUAUGAUCAGCUCGCUCUGGAGCUAUUCAGUGAAUGCUAUCACAACAGUGAGGAACGAGCUUUUGCUUUACUGGUGAGGAAAAACCAAUCCUGGAGCAAAACUACCUGUCUCCACUUGGCCACAGAAGCAGAUGCUAAGUCUUUCUUUGCACACGAUGGUGUCCAGGCCUUCUUGACAAAAAUCUGGUGGGGAGACAUGUCAACAAGCACUCCGAUCCUGAAGUUAAUCUGCGGAUUCUGGUGUCCUCUUCUAAUCUACACUAAUCUAAUAGCAUUCAGUGAACAAGUACAAUCAAAGAAUGAGCCAGAGACACUCAGAGAGCAAGAGAGCCUAGACACAGAAAGGACUUUGCUUUUUUCCAAGGAGGGGGAUAGGGUAGAUGUCAAAUUAGAGAAGCGGAGGUCUUCUGAAAACAUAGCAUGGGCAACAUUCAUGUUUACUCGCUGGAAAAAGUUUUGGAGUGCCCCUGUAACAGUAUUUAUGGGGAACGUUAUCAUGUAUUUUGCUUUUCUGUUUCUAUUUACCUAUGUCUUGUUACUGGAUUUUAAACCACCACCACCUGAGGGGCCUUCUGUUAAGGAGAUUAUACUUUACUUUUGGGUUUUUACAUUGGUCUUGGAAGAAAUCCGACAGAGUUUCUUUACAGAUGAAGACAUGAAUUUAAUUAAGAAAUUUAAACUGUACGUGGAGGAUAACUGGAAUAAAUGUGAUAUGGUGGCCAUCUUUCUGUUUAUAAUUGGAGUGACCUGCAGAAUGCUGAACUCAACAUUUCAAGCCGGCCGUACAGUACUUGCUAUUGAUUUCAUGGUGUUCACUCUGAGACUUAUACAUAUUUUUGCCAUUCACAAGCAACUAGGGCCAAAGAUCAUAAUUGUGGAAAGAAUGAUGAAGGAUGUUUUCUUCUUUCUCUUUUUCCUGAGUGUGUGGCUCAUUGCCUAUGGUGUGACAACUCAAGCCUUACUCCAUCCUGAUGACAGCCGAGUAGAAUGGAUAUUCAGAAGGGUGCUUUAUCGUCCUUACCUUCAGAUAUUUGGGCAGAUUCCACUGGAUGAAAUAGACACAUCUCGUAUGAGUCUUGAGAACUGUACCUCUACCCUGAAGAGUCCACAGGAAAAUUCACCAUUAUGUUCUAAUACCUACGCCAAUUGGCUUGUCAUACUUCUGUUGGUCACUUUCUUAUUGGUCACCAAUGUGCUACUUAUGAAUCUCCUGAUUGCUAUGUUCAGUUAUACUUUUCAAGUUGUUCAGGGCAACGCAGACAUCUUCUGGAAAUUUCAGCGGUACAACCUGAUUGUGGAAUACCAUGGUCGUCCAGCGUUGGCACCACCAUUUAUCAUUAUUAGCCAUGUGCAUCUGAUUCUCAGAAGAAUCUUCAAAAAGAUGGAGCACAAAAAGGAACAUCUGGAAAGAGAUCUGCCAGACAGCCUGGAUCAAAAAAUCAUAACAUGGGAGGUGGUCCAAAAGGAAAAUUAUCUCGCAAACCUGGAACAAAAGAAAAAAGAAAGUAACGAAGAGAGACUAAAGAAAACAUUUAACAAGGUGGACAACCUGUCUAAAUAUUUUAGUGGAAUGAAAGAGCAAGAGAAACGGCUUAGGUCUCUGGAAUCACAAGUUAACUACUGUUCAGCUGUUAUUUCUUCAAUGGCAGAUACUUUAAGCAAAAAUAACCUCUUGUGCAACAGACCAGUUCCAAAAUAUACAAGUUUUAUGAAUACCAGCACAAAUCAAACAAUCCUACCAGAAAGAAGUGAAGGCAAAGAGCAUACAGAAGAGUCUGAAAAUGAUAUGAUGUACAUUGAUAAUUAAAUGAAGUUCUCAUUUCCUCAGAUUAGUUUGCCAUUUUGAAGUACUUCUGGGGUGAAAUCCCAACUCCACUGAAGUCAGUGGCAAAACUGCCAUUAAGCUGUGGGGCCAGGACUUCACCACUGAUGUACUCGUGUAU